AUGAGCUCUCAAGAACUUACACACCCUUCCAUCAAAGAUGGAUGGUUUGCUGAAAUCUCCAAGACUAUGUGGCCAGGCCAGGCAAUGUCUCUUGAAGUUGAGAAGGUAUUGCAUGUCGAGAAGUCUAAGUACCAAGAUGUUUUGGUUUUCAAGUCAACAACUUAUGGAAAUGUACUCGUGUUGGAUGAUUGUAUUCAGGCCACUGAAAGAGAUGAGUUUGCUUACCAGGAGAUGAUUGCCCAUUUGGCUUUAAACAGUCAUCCGAACCCGAAGAAGGCUCUCGUUGUAGGUGGUGGUGAUGGCGGAGUCUUAAGAGAGAUUUUAAAGCAUGAUUCCAUUGAAGAGGCAUGGUUGUGUGAUAUAGAUGAAACCGUGAUCAAGGUGGCCAAGAAGUAUUUACCAGAUAUGGCCAAAUCCUACGAUGAUCCAAGGGUCAAGAUCCAUAUUGGGGAUGGCUUCAAGUUCUUAGCUCAGUACAAGAAUCAAUUUGAUGUGAUAAUCACAGACUCCUCAGAUCCUGAGGGUCCUGCUGAGUCGCUUUUCCAGAAACCUUACUUUGAGCUUUUGCAUCUGGCAUUAACUGACAAGGGUGUCAUCACGACCCAGGCUGAGAAUAUCUGGUUACAUAUGCCUAUCAUCACCCAGUUGAAAAAAGACUGUAAGGACAUAUUUGCUGUUGCCGAAUAUGGCUACACUAUGAUUCCAACUUAUCCAUCUGGUUCAAUUGGUUUCAUGGUGUGCAGUAAGGACCCUAAUGUUGACGUCACGAAACCUGUUAGGUUUGACUGGUCGGAUGACUUCGUAAAAAAGAACUUGAAGUAUUACAAUAAGAGAAUUCACGAAGCAGCUUUUGUUUUGCCGACAUGGGCCGAUAUGGAGUUGAACCAGUAG